GUUAUUUUGGGGUAUGUUUUUGGGGCGCGUAUUUGGGGUAUUAUAAAUAAUAUAGAUGAAGCGUUGAGAUUUGAUUUCAGUAAUCGCAAAUGAUUCCCACGAGUUAAUUUGAUAUCGCAAUGUGCCCAAAUUCCCAGGAACCGUCACGACUCACGGCCACCUCCGUGAUGUCUUACAAGGCAGUCACUGCCAGCAAGCCGAAACAGCUCCCUGACGCACCCAGGAAAGGCACGGCCUUCAGAGCCAACAAAAAACCUGAUAAAAACACACAUGACUGGCAUAUCACACACGAAACACUCAAUCUCACACAUAAACUCAAUCUCUCCCAUUACAAUCCCUCCCACUCCAAUUCCAACAAUUCCAACACUAAUUCUAACAAUUCCAACAGUACUAACAGUGCUAACAGUGCUAACAGUAACAAUUCCGGCUCUGAUGGUACAACUGCUAGUGGUAAUACUCCUGGAGUUAGUGUGAAUGGCGUGGUGGGUUCAGGUUUGGUGAAUAACAUUGAUGAGUUGGUUGACACGGUCAACAGUCUCAACGGAAACAUGAAUAACUCCCUCAACUCCGUCCACAGUCUGGACAAAAACAUGAACAACGACAAUUUUGACAAGGCCGAACAUGAUUUCUCACCCUUUUCUCCAUUCCUAAAUCAAUCCAAUCAUUCCAAUUCCCUUAAUUCUCUCAAUUCCGUCAAUACCAAUCACAGUAAUUCCCUAACUACCAACAAUUCUGUAAACUUGAAUCAUGCGGUUGGAACGGUGGACAGGGAGCAUGCGGUAUUGACGGAGGACGAGUUGGCAACGUUUAGAACAUCAUUUUGCACGAAGCAUCAUCAGAAUAAAUGCCCGAACAGUGACUCGUGUGAGAAGAGUCACUGUUUAACAUGGCAGCGUAGGAACCCUUACGAGAUAAGUUACUGCCCUCACCUGUGUCCGAAUAUCCAGUUUGUGAAAAAGUCGCGGAAAAUGGUACUUUACAGGCGCUGUACCCGGGGCAAGAACUGUAACUUCGCACACUCGAAGGAGGAGGAGCUUUAUCACCCACUCGUCUACAAGACUAAACAGUGCUCGUCAUACCCCAAGUGCUCCAGGUACUUCUGCCCAUUCAUACACGAACCCUCCGAACUCAGAGACGUCUCCAGAUUCAAACACAUGAGCACCUCAAACGCCAUCAACGCUCUACACAAUUCUAACACUGCCGAGAGAAUCAACAAUUCUAGCACUAUGGACAGAGUAAAUGUUGAUAGAGUAAAUGUUGAUAGAGUAAAUGUUGAUAGACUAAAUGUGGACAGAGUAAAUGUGGACAGAGUAAAUGUGGAUAGAGUUAGUGUGGACAGAGUAAAUAGUGUGAAGGAGGAGGAAAAAGUGUUGGAUCCUGUGGACAAGGAGAAGGAGGAGUUGGUGGAGACGUCAUUUGAGUUUGACUGUUUGGAUACGAUGAACGGGCCAGACACUUUCAGGGAUAGUUUCACCACCGGUAACUCAUUCGAUUCUAACAAUACAAAUACUAAUGCCAACACUGUUGACACUGUCAACAGUAAUAGUGUGAGUAGUGGCACGACUAAUACUACAAACUCAGUUGAAGGCUCUGUUACCACAUCUAAACCUCCCAAAACCACUUGGGACAAACAAGAUGACGAGAAUGGUAUGUGGUAUGACUUACCGAAUUUAACGAUGAAUGCGUAUGAUGACUCGUUAAAACCGCUUUAUGAGCCUUUUAAUAGUUAUUCCUAUUCCUCGAUUAAUCCUUAUAACACUACCUACACCAGUCCUUCCACCGCGGUUAACACCUUCAAUCCGCACACCAUUUCCAAUGUCAUCACUGUUAACCCUGUGAACUCUGUUAACACUAUGGGCACAGUACCCCCGGUCGUAGGAUACGCCUAUGAAAACUACCACGAUGAACAAUAUUACACUAAUUAUCCUAACCUGGCCUCUACAGUCACUACUAAGAAGAAAAAAAGUAGUAAAAAUGUGGACAGCGGGACUGAAACUGUGGAGCCUGAUACCUCCGAACCCAAGCCCACCAAACCCCUAGAAAACUCUUACAUCAACUAUUACAAUAACUACCCCUACGAUUAUUACAAUAAAACAUUCACACAGGAAUAUAAACCCUAUCCAGAAGAUUACAAACCAUAUACCGAGGAGUACAAGGGGUACCCAGAAGAGUAUAAACAAUAUACCGAGGAGUAUAAAGAGUACACAGGAGACUAUAAAGGAUAUACAGAAGAGUAUAAAGAAUACCAACUCAAGGAAUUCCCAGACUACAAACAGUAUACCGAAGAUUAUAAACAGUAUACCGAGGACUACAAAUAUACAGAGGACUACAAGGGAUAUACGGAGGAGUACAAGAGAUAUGUGGAUGAGUAUGGGUUUGUGGAGAGCAUGGGAUUUGUGGAGGAUGACUACAAGGGUUACUACAACUACGACUACGAGGCUUAUAACCAAAUUGACGACGAUCCAACUUAUACCAAUAACUACAAUUACUAUGACUUUGGGAGUGACUACGUGCAGUAUAACACGCAGGAGCUGGAUGAACAGUUCAAUAACCUCACAGUCAAGAAGGAAGACGACUACUCACUCAACGACAUGCUCACCAAAUUCAUCAACGAAAUAGGCGAAAAAUGAUCUCACCCUUGCACUUAUCUCAGUUUACACAAGCUUCUUCACCAAGUAGUAACAUGCGUUAAGAGUAUUUAAACAAUUAUUUUACGAUUUAAGAGGAUUAUUUACGGAGUUACGAGGGGUUAUUUAAGGGAUUAAGAGGAUUAUUUAAGGAGUUUUUCAGAGUCAAAAGUACUAUUUAACGAAUUAUUUAAGGGAUUAGGAGUAGUAUUUAAGGGAUUAGGAGUAGUAUUUAAAGAGUUAUUUAAGGGAUUAGGAGUAGUAUUUAAGGGAUUAAGAGUACUAUUUAAAGAGUUAUUUAAGGUAUUAGGAGGAUUUAGUGGGAGUUAGUGAUGGGAGAAUGGGUAUGUGUGAGAAUAUAUUUUACCCUUUGGGACCAAGAAAUGCCAAUUUUAUCGUAUAAUAUACAUGUUCUCAA